UGUAAGAGUGGUUCUCGUUAAACCGGAAUUUGCCCCAAUACUUUUCAUUAGAAACUGAUAUUACAUAUUUCUACAUAUUUUCUCUUUAAGCACUUUUGCUCAGAGUUAUUACUAAAGCUCUUUUCUGAGUGGUGAUUUUUAUAGUUGAAGCCUUACUUUGUUCUAUCAUGCCUGCAUCUUUCUGUCCAUCAGCUGAAUGGCAGGCAGAAACUCAUUUGAUAUAUCUUUGAGCAUUUGGAGAAAGGGAACUUCACCAGUUGAAUUUCUGGCUGUUGUGCAGCUGAGGAACAGGCCAGAUAUCAACAGGCACUGUUUUCAUCCUCAUAUGGUUGGGAUUGUGAUACUCUGGAGAAAUCUUUAUGUCAUUUACCAUGCUUUCCAGCUGACCCAGGAAUGAAAAGAAAAACAGCAGAGUAUUCAUGGAUGCCAGUAGUACAGAGCAAAGCUUCUCCAUGUGAUCGAUUCAAACAUGCCUGCUGCAUCUGCAGGGAUUUUCUUUAUAUUCAUGGUGGGAGGUACACCACCAGCUUGAGAGACUUCUGGCGCUAUAAAAUAGUGACUAAUGAAUGGGAGAAGCUGGACAGUUCAGAUGAUGGACCAGAAGAGCUGGAAGAACAUACAAUGGUGGAUUAUCAGGACAUCCUGUAUAUCUUUGGUGGAAUGGUAGAUUCUGCUUUCACGCAGAGGAAGAUUCCUCUCUGGAUGUAUGACACUGAUACAACCAAAUGGAUGGAUUGCCAGCUCACAGCAGUGAAGGGUGAGGGAUCUGCUCCUUCUAAUCGGAAGGGGCAUAGUGCAGUCAUCUACAGGGGCAGCAUGUAUGUGUAUGGUGGCUACAUUGACCUUAAAGGUGCUUCCCAAGAACUCUGGACUCUUUGUUUCAGGACAAAACAGUGGUCACCUAUAGCAGCUGCAUCGUAUGGUGGCAGUCCAGGCCCCCGGCAUGGUCACUCGGCUGUGGUUUAUGGCAAUGGCAUGUACUUGUUUGGAGGGCUGAUGGGGCUGAGUGAACAAAAGGACUUCUGGAAAUGGGAUUUUAUGGCUUCCCACUGGUCGAGCAUCAGAAGCCAGGGGCCUCCAAAAGUGGUAGGACACACUGCUUUAGUCCUGGAAGAUUCCAUGCUGGUCUAUGGAGGAGGCGUUUCUAAUGCGAGACCAAGCAAUACUCUGUGGAAAUACCAUUUUCCAUCUCAACUAUGGGAAAAAAUGGCUACCCCGAGAGACACAAAGCCUUCAUCCAAAGCCUAUCAUUGCAUGGUUGGAUUUGGAUCUGGUUUCCAGAGGACUGCUGCUUCUUCAAGUACAUCACUCAACUAUUAUUUGCAACCAAAGGAAAAGCACUGUUCAAAGCUACUGGCCAUCUCUAAGCAGCACUCCUGUUUAUGUGAAUACAUUCACCAAGAACCCAUGUAUGAGACAUUCAGCAACGAAGCUGGCAGUGAAAUAGAAAUGGAAACCUUUUGCAGGCCUCAGGAGGAGCCAGGAUCCGACUUAUCCCAAACAACAUCCAAUGCAGAACUGAGUGAGAACCAGACAACAGGCCUCUUGGCUCAGAAAGAAAGAGCAUGCCUCCACCUUUCAAGAGAAGAGGAAGUCACAGAGAGAGAGGCAAGCAUCAGCAAACUGAGCCCUGACAGUGUGGAUGGUAGUGAGUCCUCAGCUGUGCUGCUUCUCAUUGGUGGCAAACCUUUGUCCAGUUCCUCUGCAGUCUCCUUCUGGCAAAUGGAAUUGGACAGAACUUAAAUGGCAUACAUAGCAAGGAGGGAGGACAACAUGCCUGAGCCUGAACGAUGAAGAUCACCAAGAAGCAUCACCCCGACUUACAAGAAAAGAGCCAAUUCUUGUGUGAAUAGCAAGUAUUUGGAACAGAAAGUCCUAGUGGUCGUUCUACUUCCGGGAGUCGCCUGUGUAAAGGGAGCAGGUAAUGCCGUUCAAUGAACUGUCCAGCAGCCUGAGCACCCAGCUGAAGGCGGCAGUUGUCAGUGCAGAACAAUCUUGCAGCGUGUUAUCACGCUUAAUUUCUGUACAGGAGUAACAUAAAGGACUUUGAAUAAUCAGUACUUUGGAAAUGCUAAGAAAUCUUUAUAACUCCUCUGUAAAGUAUGUCAGUAUUAUCCCAUGUUGCAGAUAGUGUGUAUAUUAAGUGCCCUUAGGCAAGCCACUUGCUUUGUAGCUGAAAAAAGAACUGCAGGAUUUCCUGCUUUGUUAUAGCUCAUUUCUUAGCCACUGCACUAGACCAGCUCAGAUUUGCACCAUCCCAAGUGCAAAUCAGCUCAACCAUGUAUACUAGUCAUCAAUACAGGUUACGUUAUCUCCAAGUAACUUUUCAGUUCAAUACUAUGCAUGUAAUGCUAUGCAGAAGCAAGUCCUAUGUCCAGUGGGACUUACUUUUUAGUAAGUUAUUUGGGAUUACGGCCUGAAAGUCCUCGGAAUAGAGCCCAUGGACGAUUCCCAUGUUCAAUGGUUCUCAGCAAUGGGAAGCUGAGAUAGUUCUAUCUCAGUUGCUCAGCAGCUGUCUCCUGGUCUCAUCUAUGACAGGAAUCAACCCAACUUUCCUUCUUCCCAACCUGGACACCGAUGUGCUCCAGUAUUUGCGCCACUUCUAAUCUCCAUAGAGCUUUACUGUGCAGUCAUCCCUCACCAACCGCGAGGGUUCAAUUCCUUGCGAAAACCCUGCAAUUGGCUAAUUUAUGGUUGGUGAGGCAUUAAAACCAAUGGGAAACAGGGAUAGGGGAAUUACCAUUGUAAAGAUCUAAAAAUACAGAAGAAAUACUUAAAAAUCAGCAAAAAAUCCCUUAAAACCGCUAAGGGUCAGCAAGAGGAAUGAGCAGAUUGAACCUCUGGAAUUUUAUUUAACCCCCCCAAAUCACUCAAAGGCACUUUUGAACCCUCCCAAAUCACUCAAGGGCACUUUAAAUCAUGAGGAGUCAGCCGGGUCAGCAAGAGGAAUGAGCGGAUUGAACCUCCGAACCCCACAAAAUUGCUGGACACCCCCCCCCCCCCUAAUACACUAAAAGAAUCUUUCCAACCGCAGGUACUUGGGUUGCGGUUGGUGAGACCAGUCACAGUUCCCCAGUCGCAGAUACUCAAAACUGCAAUUGGGAAGGGAUGCCUGUACCCUUGUUUCCCAUGCAACUACUAGACACUACAAAUUGUGUCUCAUCAAUGUACAGAGAGCUAAGCACAGUGAUAGACUGAUUAGAGCUGUGUCAAUCAUGUGGCAGCUUUAAACAUUGAUAGCUUGUACAAACUCAUUUGGAGUUUGUAACCAUGCAUACCUCUCUGGGCUGCUUGGAGUAAGAGUGAGAUAUAAAUGUAAAAAUAAAAAUACAACAGUGUAUACUUGAGAUCACUACUUGCUGAUUAGGUAUCCCUUAAUACACCAUAACUGAUCCACUGCCCUGCUAAUGUUUGUGUAAAGUAAGGAUUUCAUGCCAUGUUACUGACAGUGGGUGCCCUAAGGGGAAAGGAUACUUAUUCCAGGUUAAGCAAACCAGAGUAAAUUAACACAGAGACCGAUCUUACACAAGAGAUGGACAGUCCCACUUACUUCAAGCCUGCCUCUCUUAACCUAAGGGGUUAAACGUGCAGGAGAGGCCUUUCCUCUUACAGCUGCAGAGAGUAUCCUCUGUCGGAUUCUAUUACAACCUCUUUCCCUGCCACCACUCCACUGAAGCCACUAAUGGGCCUGGUCCAGUAAUGGGCCUUGCAUGAGAUGAGCUGGUGCUAUGGCCUCAGACAGCAGAUCGUUGGGGCACUUCUGCCACAUGUUUGCACCCUAUACUUUUAGACUGAAGUAUAGUGUGUGUCUAAAUUGGGGGAAUUUAGCUCCAAACCAAAAUUUGUAGGUAUGAAAAAUAAAUGGACUGCCCCUUGGGCACAGGCAAAUACCAAUUUUAAGGGGUACCCCAGAGGGGCAAUGGACUCAGAGGCAAGGCUUUUAAAACAAAGUUUAUUCAAAAAGCAGAAGCACACUGUAAACAGGGCUAUUGGGCAACCUUGAGAUGUUGCAGUUGCAUAGGAAGUGAAGGCAGCUUCCAGGGAUUAGACAAGGUGGAGAAGGAAUGCUAGUGCAGGGCUGCACAGUUUCAGCUCUCUUGGGCUACAGCUUCCAUAACUGGCCACUGUGGCUAGCGAUGAUGGGAGUUGUAGUCCAAAACCAUCUGGGAGGCCAAAGUCGUGCAGCCCUGACUAGCACUGGGAUGUGAACAGAGGAGGGGGAGAGAAAAGGGAUAGAGAGAAAUUGAAUCAAGAGUAGUUUAAUACCUGUUUGUAUCUGCCGCUUUGGGGAUGAUUUCCCACCAGGAGGAGACGCGAGUCCCUCACAAAGGUUCGGCCAAAGCAGAGCACAGAGAGAGGCAGCAAGGUUCUGGCAUUCCAACAGUUCACUUCAAGUGUCUGUGGCACACGGCAUGCUUGCAGCUUUGAGAACAUUUGUUGAAAACCAUCUUGAGAAUAAGGCCACUUUGAGAACCUUUGUUAAAGCAGUAUAUAAAUAUUUGUAGUAGUACUAGCAAGGGGAGAACUCUGAAGUUCCCUGGCAGCCAGGCACAGGGAUGAGCCUGCAGCUAGCCCACAGAGGAGGGCAUGAUGGGUGGUAACCUACGGGGGUUUGGGGAAAGGUUAAAUUGUUUAAAAUCACCCACUUGCCCAUUACUUUUGCGAGUUGGGUGGUAGGUAGCACCGAUCAUGCCCUACCACCCAACCCACUUUGGUGUCCCUAGGAGCUACCCAUGGGGAACAAUGGAGUGUUUCAAUUUCCCUCAUUGUUCCCUAUGGCCGAAACACUCGAAACGUUUUGAGUUUUGUUGAAUCAGCCAGUCUGACUGCUGUUUUGAUGAAACAUCCAUUUCAAAAUCCAUUUCAUUUCAAGCUUGAAACAAAAUGCAAAAUCCAUUUCGUGCGCAUCCCUACCUGUCGUUUCCUAAAGAGAAGGGGGGAGGGCGGGAAAGAAGCUGUCUGAUAUAAUAGCACCAUGAUGCUUCCUGCUGCCUCCUGCCAUGGGAGCAGCUCCUUGCUCUAUGGAGGCCUCUCUUCCCCUUCCCACUGCUGCCACUCAGCUGGGUGUGCCUUCAUUGCAUCUGGUACAAUGCCUGCCCAUUGUUGAUAAUGCUGGACUCAGUACACUUCUUUCUGCUCAACAACAGCCUCCGGCUUUUCACAGGCAGAGGAUUAUGAUGGACAGAGGCAUAAGUGAGGAGAGGAGUGGCUCCUUGCUAAGUGUGCUUUGUCACAAGAGGCUUCGUGAGAACAACCACGGCCAGGCAGAUAUCUUUUUACCAGAUGGAGUUGUGGCACACCAAGCUGAGGGGCAGCAGCAAGGAGGGAAAGGGAGGCAUCAGGACAACUUAUGGGGGACACUUUCCAGAUACUAGGGAUGUGCAUGGAACUGGGUGGGGCAUACCUUUAAGGGUGGGGGAGGGUGCGCUUACACCUCCUGCUGCAUUUCCCCCACCGGCACUCCCUGCUGUCCCGGUGUCCUCCUUGGCCAGAAAUUAAUGCUGCCACCCCGACAGGGACUUUUAAAAUUGAGCGCUGGCAGGGGAAUGCAGCGGGAGGGGUAAGGGUACUCUCCCCCGCCCUUAAAAGGUAUGCUCCUCCUGCCUACUGUGCAAUCACAGUAUACCUGCUUAGCAAUACGUGAGACUAUUUGAAGGCAGGCCAUUGGUGACCCACAAUGAAUGGGUGUCUUUGGUAUCAUGGGCCCCAAUUAACUGAAGUUCUGGUCCAGUUUAACUCUGCAGGACUGUAUGUGAAACGUUUUGUGCUUUGGGCAGAAAAUAUCCCUUGAAAUUAUGCUUUCCGACCAUUUUGCCCCUGCUUGGAGUUGUGAUGUAUAAAGAACAGCUGGAAGCCCUGCUCUGGCACGCCUUGUCCUGGGCCUUUUCUUCCGUGCCCUGUCCUAUGCUCGAGUCCUGACCUCAAAGGGAAGAGAAAGAGCACUUCUAAUUGACUGCUUUAGCUGUGAUAAGAGCACUCCUUGAUGCUUUUGUAAGUGAUCUCAUGUUUGUAUUUUUAGACCUUUUAUAAAACAACAAGAACUUCCUAAAACUAAACUACAUUUACAAUAAAUUUUUAUAAUAAAAAUUCAUGUGCUCUUAGUCUCCAAAAUAGGAAGUGCUUGAUGAAGAUUUUAAAGUUGAAUCACAGUGGCCUAACCUUUAUUGGAAUAAGGACAAAAGUGUGCAUGAUGAAAGGUUUGGGUAUACAAUUGCCCUGGCAUUACUUUCUACUUGCUGUGGAUUUAAAUAUACAUCUUGACUGUGGCAGCUGCAUAAGGCACAUGAGUUUAAUGUGCCCUCUGAGUUUAAAUGUUUUGUGUUAGAUUGAACCAGGGUCACAUUUAUUAAGACUGGAAGCCAAUGACCAGAAGCUAGAAUAAAAUACUUGUAUUCUA